AUCCACGAUUCGAUCUGCGAUCUGAUCUGCAACCCCCAGACCACCGGAGCCCAUCGCCAGCGCCAACGCCGACAAGAGCCAUCGCCAUGCACGAAGAGACCAGAGAGAGACUCGUCAAGUUGUUCGAGUGGACCAGACGCUUUGUCCACAUCGGAUUCAUCCCGCUGAUCAUCUACAUCGGCUACACCCGCUCGGUCCCCAAGCCUUCGCUGCUCAAGAUGAUCUCUCCGCUGGCUCAGUAGAUCCCGCGCCUUGGCCGCCAGUCGCUCCAAAGAACCACGCCCUACCUGCCAUCACAUCCACCGCACUGGGCCCGCCGUGUCUCGGCGAAUCGCCCGCCUCCUUUUGAUUCCAGUUCUCUGCCAUGUAUUUACAGCGUUUACAAAAUGAAAUGGGACACCCCCGUUUUUAACCAUGACUGUGCUUUUUCCGGAACCUGAAUACACCCACCCGCUCAUCGCA